GUCAACAACAAAGCUGUAUGAAAUUAUUCCUCUCUGUUUUUCAGAAUCCACCUGAGAAUAUGCUGCCACAAAUAGCCUUUUUGCUGCUAAUGUCCUUGAACUUGGUUCAUGGAGUGUUUUAUGCUGAGCGAUACCAAACACCUGCAGGCAUAAAAGGCCCACUUCCCAACACCAAGACACAGUUCUUCAUUCCCUAUGCCAUAAAGAGUAAAGGCAUAUCAGUAAGACCACAGCAAGGUAUUCCUGGACCAGCAGGCCCUGCUGGACCUCGGGGGUACCCAGGUCCUUCUGGACCACCAGGAAAACCAGGCUACGGAAGUCCUGGACCCAAAGGAGAGCCAGGGUUGCCAGGACCACCAGGACCAUCAGUCACUGGAAAGCCAGGUGUGCCAGGACUCCCAGGAAAACCAGGAGAAAGAGGACCAUAUGGACCAAAAGGAGAUAUUGGACCAGCUGGUUUACCAGGACCCCGGGGUCUGCCAGGGCCACCUGGAAUACCUGGCCCAGCUGGAAUUUCUGUGUCAGGAAAACCUGGACAACAGGGACCUACAGGAGCCCCCGGACCCAGAGGCUUUCCUGGGGAAAAGGGUACACCGGGAGUCCCUGGUGUGAGUGGACAGAAGGGGGAAACAGGAUAUGGUGCUCCUGGCCGCCCAGGUGAAAGGGGCCUUCCAGGUGCUCAGGGACCCAUGGGACCACCUGGUCCUCCUGGAGUAGGGAAAAGAGGUGAAAAUGGGUUUCCAGGACAACCAGGCAUCAAAGGUGAUCGGGGCUUUCCAGGGGAAAGGGGACCCACUGGCCCACCGGGUCCACAAGGCCCUCCUGGGGAACAAGGACUAGAAGGCAUUGGAAAGCCAGGACCCACUGGAGCCCCAGGCCAGCCAGGAAUUCCGGGAGCAAAAGGUCACCCCGGGGCUCCAGGAAUAGCUGGGGCCCCAGGGGCUCCAGGCUUUGGGAAACCAGGCUUGCCAGGCCUGAAAGGGCAAAGAGGACCCGUCGGCCUUCCGGGGAGUCCAGGUGCCAAAGGGGAACAGGGCCCAGCAGGUCUUCCUGGGGAACCAGGUCUGACUGGACCCCCUGGAAAUAUGGGACCCCAAGGACCAAAAGGCAUCCCAGGCAACCACGGUAUUCCAGGUGCUAAAGGUGAGACAGGGCCAGCAGGGCCUGCUGGAUACCCUGGGGCUAAAGGAGAAAGAGGCCCCCCUGGUUUAGAUGGAAAACCAGGGUAUGCAGGAGAACCAGGUCUCAAUGGUCCUAAAGGUGACCCAGGUUUACCAGGCCCAAAAGGUGAUUCUGGAGUUAGAGGGUCUCCUGGUCUUCUAGGUCCUAUGGGCCCAGCAGGAGCUAAAGGAGUUCCUGGACUUAAUGGCGAGCCUGGUCCAAGAGGUGCCCCUGGAAUACCAGGUACUAGAGGCCCCAUUGGGCCACCAGGCAUUCCAGGAUUCCCUGGAUCUAAAGGGGAUCCAGGAAAUCCAGGUCCUCCUGGCCCAGCUGGUGUAGCAACUAAGGGCCUCAGUGGACCAAUUGGGCCAGCUGGACCUCCAGGCCCAAGAGGUCAUGCUGGAGAGCCUGGCCUCCCAGGGCCUCCAGGGCCUCCAGGCCCCCCAGGACAAGCAGUCAUGCCGGAAGGCUUCACAAAGGCAGGCCAAAGGCCCAGUCUUUCUGGAACGCCUCUUGUUAGUGCCAAUCAGGGUGUUACAGGAAUGCCUGUGUCUGCUUUUACUGUCAUUCUCUCCAAAGCUUACCCAGCAAUAGGCUCCCCCAUCCCAUUUGAUAAGAUUUUGUAUAACAAGCAACAGCAUUAUGACCCAAGAACUGGAAUCUUUACUUGUGUGAUACCAGGAAUAUACUAUUUCUCCUACCACGUGCAUGUGAAAGGGACCCAUGUUUGGGUUGGCCUGUAUAAGAAUGGCACCCCCAUAAUGUACACCUAUGAUGAAUACACCAAAGGCUACCUGGAUCAGGCUUCAGGGAGUGCAAUAAUCGAUCUCACAGAAAAUGACCAGGUGUGGCUCCAGCUGCCCAAUGCUGAGUCGAAUGGUCUGUAUUCCUCCGAGUAUGUCUACUCCUCUUUCUCAGGAUUCCUAGUGGCUCCAAUGUGAGCAUAUUCCUGAUCUAAAUCUUCUGCUUGAAAAGGCGUUCCCCAAUCCCACCCCACCCCACAAUAUGCAUACA